CUAUGGGCCUGUACAUGCGUCAUGCUGUCCGCCAUUUUGCGGCAGUCAAUCGUCAAGAUAUCAGCAAGCAUGCCUUAUCACUGCCCUGCUUAUUGUUGUAAAAAUCGACAAACUGCCGAAAACAAAUUGCGUGGGAUUACCUUUCACAGGUUUCCCACUGAUCUCAAAUCGAGGAAGCGGUGGGAAUUAGCCCUGCGAAGAGAGGCGUUUACGGCCAGUCCGUCAACCAGACUCUGUAGUCAGCACUUCAGAAAGGAGGACUUCGACAGGACUGGUCAAACUGUUCGAAUCAGGGAUGGAGUUGUUCCAUCUGUCUUCAACUUUCCAACACAUCUACAAAGACCAGUAGCAACCAGGACAAGCUUGACAUCAAACAAGGCAAACACAGCAACAUCUCCAAGCCCGUCAGCUUAUUGUUCUCCUCCUGUGGCAGUGGCAGAACCUCAGAAUGACCUCAGUCUUGACCACUCUUAUGCACUGCCCACAUGUCCUGCUGCUAUGAAAGCCAGACUCGGCAAAGCUUUGGCCAAGGUAGAAAGUCUGGAAAGAGAGAAAAGAAAUGCUAAAGAUCGAGAACGGAGGGCAAAGAGCGCACUUUGUGGUCUUCUGGACGAUCUGAGAGGGAACAACCUAAUAGAUAAAGAGCUUAAAAAGAAAGCUAGACUCGUACUCAGUUCACCUCCUGCCAAAACAGGACCAAGAAUUCACCAAGAAGAAGAGGGAGUUUGCCCUCCCUCCACCGACACGCCCCUAAAGCCUACUGUUACCCGCGAGAGUCUCUGCACUUAAAUCUCCCGCAUCAACAUACACUGCAAAGGUACUUGUCAUUGGGUGCAUAAUCAACAUAAUACUGUAGCAGCUUCAAAAUAUGUGAUUCAUCGCUUCGGCCAGGAUCGAUUCAACUUUAUCAGGGCAACUGGGGCCUGGAAUAACAACUCAUCGGCAGGCCAAUACCGCCUCCCCAUGGUCCAUUGUGGUGUCUUCUAACGUGGCGGCAGUGGACGGCACUGUCCCUGUCUGCUGUUACGUUUUCUUCAGCUCCAGCCGGUUCACCAGCUUCCAAAAGAACCGGAAGACCUCCCCCUCAAAGGUUAAACCGUCGGUCAGAACGAGGGCAAAACCAGUGUCCUCUCAACCGGUUUGUCCGUGCAUACAGGACAGAUGGCAUCACAUUGCAAAAAUGACAUUGUAACACUAAAAUGACAAAUUUGGUAUUCAAGGUAAAGGCUGUGUAAUUAGUCCUUUUCCAAGGUUUGAUUGUAUUUAUUUAUUUUUAAGAUGUAAUUACAUAAUCGGUUUAAUGGGCAGCUGUUAUACAUCUGUAAAUAUUAAAUUGUGUAUUUUAUUUUUGUUGAAAAAAAAAUUAAAAAAUGUAUUCCUUGUG